UCAAGUACUACUGUUCACCACAAGUUAUAUGUAAGUAAUGUAUGCAUAGUGUGUAGUUUUUGAUUGGGGGAAGGGUAAAGUACGAUAAACUUACUCUAUACUUUUAUGAAAUAUAGACUCGAGAUCAAGCCAACUGUCACAGUGAACGGCAUAUAUAUAGGGUUUUCACUCGGCGUCGGUGGCCGAGUGGUUAGGCCGUCAAACUCUCGACCGAAAGGUCGUGCGUGGGUUCGAGUCCUGGCCGCGGCAGGGCUGACGUUGUGUCCUUGGGAAAGGCACUUUACAUGAAUUUCCUCACUCCACCCAAGUGUAAAAAGGGGUACCUGGCUAUAGACAGUGAAAGAUAUUGUUUGAAUGUUACUUUAGCGCUUGUAAUGGCAGCUGGCACUGUAUGCUUCCUAGGAGGCUGAGAAAGUUCUAGAUUGAUAUAAGGUCUGCCGGGGUAAUAAUGUACAUUGAUUAUUGUAAAGCGCUUUGAGCAGCAUACGCUGGAUAAGGUGCUAUAUAAAACCAAUCAUUAUUAUUAUUAUCUAUUCACCUAACGUUAAACAUUCAUGUGUAAUGUCAAAUGUAUACAUUCUGUAAUCGUAAUUAAUUUUGCGAGCUAAUCGACCGUUUUGAAGAGAGCUGAAAGUUAAUCAUCAGAAUUGUUUAUUCUAAUAAUAAACCAAUUUCACUUUGUCAUGACAAUGUAAAGAUUUAAUAACAGAUUUAUUGACAAAUCAUGAACCCACAACCCUGACAAGGGACAGUGUUUUGUAAAGGAUCGAGGCUGAAUCAGUCCAAAAACUCUCGCUUAGAUGAGUAUCCUAAUUCUAUACCCAAAAUCGGAUCGUCCUGACAUUCCGAUAAGACGAUAUGUGACUUUCACUUUGAAUUCCUGGAACCUUAAUUAGACGAGAGGUUUUCUAAAAAGGAUGUUGCUAAAAGGUUCAUUCUGACUCACUUAGCUAAAAUUCUGAAAUUGUUAUUCCCACUUAGUUAAAACUGUGAUUUUCACACCUGAGUGGUCCUGGGGUAUAGUCUGUUUUAGACUAACUACCUGUAAUAAUCAGCCAGGCCUGUGAAAUCAAAUCAUAUAUAUAUAUAUAUAUAUAUAUAUAUAUAUAUAUAUAUAUAUAUAUAUAAGUAUAUCUCUUCUUAUCAAUAUGAAAUAACAAAGAUUUAAAUAAUGAUUUAAUAUAUUAAUGACAUUGUUUAGAGGUGUACAAAUAUAAGUUUCAAUACAGAAUUCUGAACAAAAUUUUAGCUUCAAACUCAUACUUAUUCAAAAUCAGUUUGUUUCGAACAAAAGACCAAUCUUCAAAUAUCAAUAACAAAAAAUAAUUUUAUUUUUGGAUGAAAUUCUAUCACAUUUGUAAUAUGAUUUAUCAUCGUAAUUUCUAAUAAUAUGAUCUCUCUCUCUCUCUCUCUCUCUCUCUCUCUCUCUCUCUCUCUCUCCUAGUUUAUAGUUUAUGAGAUAAACUACCUGAAAUUAAGUUUUGUAUAGGACAAAUUAUUACGAAAAUGCAUGUACAACUUUCUUUUUUAUUAUCAAUACAUAAAAUCUAUAAAUGUAAUUGUACAGAUAAACCAGAUAAACAAGCAUACAUGUACCACUUAUGAUCCCUGAGUGUGACCCUCUCAUUGGUUGGCUAUUAGGCUUUUAUUUUCACUGUAAAUAAUUAUGAGCAUAAUUGUUUUGUCCAGAAACAUCAAUAGCUAGUACUCUCACCCUUUGAUUUAUUCUCUCUAAAAGCAAUUAAUAACAAUCAUAUACUCAGUUUUCAUUUAUUAUAUUUAGUUCAGUAAGAUUCUAUAUCACUUUCUUAAGUAUGGCUAACGCUCAAGUACGGGUAGAUUUUCUAGAGAAUGGUAGAGGAGGAUUUUUUCUUCUUUAUGGUGGCUUUAAGUAUUCUGUCCGGAACAGAUAUAAUGACAGAACCUAUUGGAGAUGCGUUGACAGACAGUGUCCAGCAACUCUAACAACAACCAACAACAUCAUCGUGUCAUUUGGGAGACACCACAACCAUGAUGAUAACUACGUUGGGCUUGCUGCGGAAUCAUUUAUUAGUGGUGUGAAGAAGAGGUGCCGAGAUGAAGCAACAGCGAUCCCCACCAUUUAUGAUGACGAAUUAGGAGGACUACGCAAUGCUGAAUGUGAUGAUUCAGUGGUGGAUAUGAUUCGACAGAUACCAACCUUUCAGGCCUCCAAGUCUGCACUUUAUAGAGCACGUGCCAAGACAACUCCAAAAUUACCCACAUCACAGGAUGACAUCAAACUCCAUGGACCAUGGAUCAACACCUUGGCAGGUGAAAGGUUUCUUCUGUGUGAUGACACUGAUGCACAAGGACACAGAAUCAUGAUCUUUGCAACCGACACCAACAUAAAUCAUCUGUGUGCAGCGGAGGUAAUUUUCAGUGAUGGGACAUUCUAUUCAUGUACACGAUUCUUCACGCAGCUGUACACUCUUCAUGGAAAUGUAAAUGGAACAAUUUUUCCUCUCAUCUAUGGACUAUUGCCUAACAAGAGUGAGGACACAUACAAUCGGUUUUUCAGUCUCUUGAAGGAUUCAGCUAGAAGACUCCAGUCUGUGUCGACCCCAGAAAGUUGGCUGCUGGACUUUGAGAUCGUCGCUCGAAAUGCAGUUCAUCACAACUUCCCAGGGGCUUCAAUCAAGGGAUGAUUUUUCCACUUUACUCAGUGUAUCUGGAGAAAAGUACAAUCCUGUGGAUUAACCGUGCGAUUCCGGGAUGAUGAGGACUUCCAUCGCCUCGUGAGAAGAGCAGCUGUUCUCCCUCUGAUUCCUGAACACCAAGUGGAGGAUGUGUGGUUUCAGGCGCUGGAAGAUAAUGACGAUGAUGGCCAGGAUGUCCUACGUUUCAAGGACUAUGUCACUGAGACAUGGGUAAAAGGGCAUCUGACGAACUGGAACCACUUUGACAAUGAUGGGCCCAGAACGACAAAUGCCGUAGAAGGAUGGCACAACAAAUUGAACAGGAUGUGUCAACACCCUCAUCCGAAUAUCUAUGUGUUUAUCCAACUUAUUCAGAAAGAACAGGCAGCCAAUGAAGCCAAAAUCAUCCAACUUUCUGCUGGAGGAGUGAUCAGGCCAAAAAAGAGGAAAUACAGGCAGUUAAACACACGAAUUCGGCAGCUUAAGGAAAGAUUUCGCCGGGGUGAAAUUCAAGUGAUGGACUAUGCAGAUGCCGCAUCUCAUCUCAUUCAUUUAGACUGAUGUGUUCCUUUUACAUGCAUUUCCUUAUGCGUUUCAUUAUUAGACUGAUAUGUUCCUUAAAUUUUCUAAAAAUAAUAAUAAUAAUGUAUAAAAAUAAAAAAUUAAUCUCAAGUCUUUCUUUUUUGGAAAUGGAAUUUUACUGCCCAAUUUUUAAAACUAAACCAAAUUACCUGUGAUUUAUUACAAAACAGACUAUAGGUUACCUGUAAUUAUUUUCCUUUGUUCUUUGACACCCUUACCUGUGCACCAUUCCCAUCUAGCUAAAACCAGUCAACCGUACAUAUUUCAGAAUUUUAGCUAAGUGGGAAGAUACCUGCUAAAAUGCGGAACGGAAAAUGAAACUUUCGAAAGUAUACAGGUUUGGAUUACGGAAGUUCCGAGUUCCCCAAGAGUUAUUUCCCUUUGUCGAACUCUUCCGUAAAUUAUGACGUAAAAUAUGAUGACAGUGGGUACAUUUGCUAAUUACUAUCGUUGUAUUAUUUCUUAAAAGAUGAUAUCCAGAGUUUCUGAGACCAUCCUAUCUCAGGGGAAAGGCAACUUUAGCGAGUUUAUGAGUAUUGGAUAACAAAAUGGCUCAAACAAAUAAUGUUAAUUGCCAUCUUUCUUUGAUAAAAGCGUCCCUCAUGUAGAAGAGGAAACGAAUAAUGAUUUAAUAGCCAAUUUGAUGAUCUUAUUCAAACAGAUUAUGCUUGAUAUGACCAGAAUAUACAUACCAGUGAUUGAUAUAAACAAAAGUUACGCUUUUGUUACAUUAAUCGUACGUAAUUGUUAUGUACAAUGCCAGUCUACGAUAUAAUGUAUACAUUGUGUACCCACCAUACGUCAUAAAAUGCGAAAGAGUUCUACAAAGGGAAAUAAUUUUUGUGUAACUCGGAACUUGCGUAUUCAAUUGAAAUUGCUUUAUAUUAUAUAUUUCAGCAGUAAUACCAGUAUUUAGUUAAUUCAAACACCCUUUAACCUCAAAGCAGGCACAUGAAUGUGUAAUGUAGAACGUACAUAGGGUACCAAUUUUGAUGCACCAGAUGCGCAUUUCGACGAAUAAUGUUUCUUCAGUGGUGCUCAACCGAAAUGUUUGAAAUCCGAAAUAACAAUGAAGUUUUAGAGCAAUUACAGGGAAAAACAGUGUGCCAAAGAAGUGGAGUCAAAUUCGUCUAAGGAUAAGAGCUUAAUCCUUAAGAGAUAAUCCUUAAUUUUGAAAUGAAUUUCUAAAUUUUAUAAUAGCAAUUAAAUAUACAUCCGUAUUUUCAAGCUAGUAACGAAGUACUUAGCUACUGGGCUGUAGAGACCCUUGGGGACUAACAGUCCACCAGCAGAGGCCUCGACCCAGGGGUCAUAAUGUAAAACUUAUACGGUACCAAUUUUGAUUCACCAGAUGCAAUUAAUUAUUCUCUCGCAAGACAAUCAUUCUUCCUUUGAUAUUUCUUUACACUAUUUAAAAGCGGUUAUUUAAUGCAAUACAAGCUGUAACUGACGCCAAAUGAAUUUUAAAGAAAAAUAACUAUCAAAAUUUCAUUUGAAUAGUACUUUUGCGUUAUCAUUACUUUCUUACACUUCUUGUCAUUCAUGAAACGAUUUAAAGGUGGCCCACUACACCCCAAAAUAGUUUCUCAAAUCAGUAUACGAAUUGAUUUUAUUAUAAAAGAUAUGAUGAUAUACAAUAAGUAUAUAUAUGCCCAAAAGGCAAAAAAUAUACAAAUUUGGAUAAAAACAUGAUUUUCAAAAAAAUUAUUUCAACACAUAUGAACGAAAGACUCUGGGGGAUUUGAGCUCGAGAUCUGCGGUUCACCUGCCCAAUGCUUUAACCACUGACCUACGAUGAUAGACAAACACAUCGAUCGAUAUAAAUAAUUUCACAAAACAUCUAAAUCGCCAUCUUGUGACGUGGUAUCAUACAGGGUAUAAACUUUAGUGUAGUGAGCUACCUUAAAACAAACAACACGUGUAGUUACUAACGUCAGUUUCCGUCUUUGUAUAUAACCUCGACCUGAGCAACCCGAUUAUGUUCCGUAAUCGGCAAUCCUCGUUCCCAUUUCCUUGUAUACGCCACAAUGGCGGUUUAUACGAAACGCAUUGUAGCUAGGUAUGUUCUCAAACAAUAUUCCCUUGUUUAUUUUGUUGAAUUUUUCUUCAGAUCUUGGGGAUUAUAUUAGUUAUACCGAUAGGUGUUAUUUAGUGCAUAAUUGGAUAGUUGAAAAAAUACCGUCACUGACGGUCAGUUACAGCUUGUAUUGCUUUAACGUAGUUUUGUUAGGUUUGAAAUAUGCCUAAAAUUGCUCAGGUUACAUCUUUAUUCAUAAAAGAUCUGCAGCGGAAGGGGGCCUAGGCGGUCCCCUGACCCCUGCCUUACUAUUUUCCAUUUCAUAAUGUUGGCAGCUCUGCAUCAGUUACAGCUUGUAUUGCUUUAACGUAGUUUUGUUAGGUUUCUCUAUUAUGCAUGCGUUAUAUAUCUUUACCUAAAGAUCUGAAAAUUUUUAUAACCAAGAUUUUUCCCCUCCUUUCUUUUUAUAGUUUCUUUUGGUAGUACAUGUAUAGUUAUGUGAUAUAUUAUAAACUUUUUUAAUUUAUUUAAUUCCUCUGUUUGUUCAAUUUUCUAUCAAAACGUAACAUAUAUUAUGAAACACCCUGUAUUUGCGCGUCUAUAAAAAACGUACUGUAAUACGCUGUGUACAUUGCUUAAAAUAUGAUUGCUAUUUUGUCUUUGAAAACUAUUUCCAGCAUAAAGAGGUUUACUAUGGAAACGCUUGAUUUGUCUACUCUGUUGUGCAACCGGUUUAGUCGGUGUACACUUAUAGUCUAGUGCAAUUUGUUUAGUGACUAGAAAUAACGAUUUUAAUAUAAAUGAAGUACAAAAAUAAAUAAUUACUCGACCUUCACAUUUUUUAUUUUACAAAAUUGUAUUUUAAUCUACAUUUAUAUAUCCCUAUAUACAUCUGAAAUAUAACUGGUCAUACACCGAAAUACCUGUUGAUUUUUUUAACGCCCAACUUGUUUUCGAUGAUUGUACGAAAUAUCAAUAUAUAAUGUUUUCUACUCACAAAUGUAAGACAUAUUGCCUGCUCUGAAAGUGCUGAUCAUGUGAUAUC